AUGACCACUAGAGCUUGGGAGCGGCUCGACACCGGCAAGGAGAGGAAGAGGCGCGGCUUCGAGAAGGUGGAGGAGGGUCUGGAGGUGCUCACUGCCAAACCAAUCGAGCCGCAACGGCUGGACGCGGGAGAUCAACGGUGGUGGUCGUCACCGCGCAAGAACCGAGAUGGCGCACACCCGAGUAGAGAACGGAGCGGCAACGUGGCUCAGGCGCGGACGGCGCUCCAGGCGCAGCGUGGAGCCCGUGCUCGGAGGUGGGGGCGGUUGCUCCCGCGAGGCGGAGCUGCGCGGCCACAGCAGUGGAAAGGAAGGGCAGCACAGAGAACUUACGCGCGCUCCCGCGAGGAAGAAAAGGAGACCAGGCAGAGCCGCGUGCGGGUUCGGAAGAGGGAGGAGAACGACGGCAUGGCUCGGGCAACGGCUGGUUGGCGCGACAGAGGUGCGGUGGUCGACUCGGCAGCAAGAGCGGCGGUCGCGGGCGCACGGAGAGGACAUCGGUGCUGCGGCCGUCCCGGAAGGAAACGGCGCGGAGCAACCCGGGGCCAAGGGGCGCGUGCGAGGAGGAAGAAAAAGGGGCGAGUAGGUGCGGCAGAGAGCAGAGGGAGCGCCCGAGCGCCUCGUGAAGGACGGGGCGAGGGAGCAGCGUGGCCAGGACGGCCAGUAGGCCGCAGAGCCGUGCGCGACGUGGACUUGAUGACAGGCGAGCCAUAG